CAAUUCAGACAGACAUUUUUCAUAACCUACAACGAUUUUAUCGAUCUAUACAGUAAGUCUUCAAGACUGUGUAUAAUGUGAUAAGUGCCUUUAAAACUGUUUAUUUUUCCUUUGAAAACUUCAACAUCUAACCACAGGUGGAGUAGCUUACGAAUCCAUGUAUUAACCAAUAUGUAUCGCAGCAACCCAGGUUAAACUAUGUAAAGUAAGCAUGUACUACAAUCCACCAUAGCUUUGUGCUUAGAGUGCUUCAAAAUUGGCCUGCACAUUUUGCCGGUACGCUUCACUUACUCCUAGUUCCUUUGCACACAGCAUCUUCUCAUCCUAUCUACCAUUUUCUCCUUUAUUGUCUCCCCGAUCCAGCGCGGCGCCCGACUCAGUAUCGAUUAUGCAUGUACCAGUACAUAUAGUGGUAGGCUACCAAUUUUACCCAUCUUGUACAUCUAAACAAGGCCUUGCGAUGCUUCGCUACUCUUGACGGACCUGCAGACGCAGACCUGUUUCGAAGCCUCGAUUCUCUAGCGUUUCCCUAUCAUGACGACAGUAUUAACAAACCAUUCAGUGUCACCAUCCACGCCUAAAGCACUUCCCUUCUUUCCCUCUCUCUCUCUCUCUCUCUCUCCAUCUCUCUCUCUCUCUCUCUCUGAAGGAGCUCACUUCUUUUCGAGCGUAUGCGCCUCGACUCCUCAGUAGUAGUAAUCGUCGUCGUCGUCUCCUUUGUCGUCUGCUACUCCUGCAGCGCUCUCUCUCUCUCUCGCAAUCCGAUCUCUCUCAAGCCCUCUCCCGAUCGGGUUUCCCUCGCACUCCUCCGAUGUACACAACGCUCUCCCCAUCUCCCUGUUGUCGACGAGCGAGGCCACCACCUCCACCGCGGUGGUCGAGUCGUUGUUGUUGCCGUUCCCGGUGCCGUAUACUCUGCCGCGUUGCGUAUGCGGCCACCGGCAAUUGAGCAAGACGGGCCACAGUGGCGAUCUCGCUAGUUCUGGAGUAUUGCACCGCUGGGGCGCACUGUCACACGGCUGGAGCUGUUCUUGUCCGUACUUGAGUAACAAAACGACAAAUCGGAAGCGACACCCUGUAAAAAAGAGACACCCUGAAACAGACAGGGGCGUCGAGUCCUUGUCCUGGACCUGUGCAUCGCCGGCUCUGCUAGUAUGGCAAUGUUUACGUUUACUGUGGCGUGGUAGUGGUAAACGGUGGCAAAGAAAGAGACAAUGGUGAAUCGAAGUCGAAUGGCACCGAGAGUUACAGGUUUGUGGUAGCAGCGCGGCGCAAGCCCAUAGUAAUGCUUCAAAAAUAAAACGCAGCCGGUGCGUGGAGAAGGACAGGAAGUGGAUAGAAAGCGAUUAGGGCAGUGGGAGGAAUUGUAUGCUGCUUUACAAUCAGUCUGCAGCGACAUUAUUAACGGAUGCUAUUAGUAACAGUGUGGUAGAUUCUUCAACUGUUGGGGAGUUGGACUGUGCAGAGCAAUGAUGAAUUAGGACAGGUGAUGACGAUGACAAUGAUGAUGGCGUUGAGAAUGACGAACUGAGAUUGGUAGCUUUGUAUAGUGAUCCCGGGUAAAUUCCGGUCCGACUAAGGUAUCGAAGGUGCUUUAAAGUAGAAAAAAUCGAUCUUCGGCUGACUCUUCGCGUACAAGAUAGCAAAUCCAUUAUCGACCGUUCAUUCAUACAAUGUACGCGUAAUAGGCUCUCUUAAAGAUCGAGACGGACUAUUGACAUUGAUGUAACAGCGAAUGGCCCGACAAAACAGCGUGGUGCGGUCUUUUGUGAAGCGCCAACUGUCCUAUUCAAUCAUCAGCCGGCUAUUCGUUAUCCGUAAACUGUGAGCUACGAAGCAAAAAACCAGAAAUCCUCUAACGCUACAGGAAGAAUUAACAAAUCAAUAGUCAGUUGCUGAGCGAUAUACGCUAGCCUUUCGAGUUUACGAAGUAAACCAUUUGAGGACGCCACCUACUCCAUCCACCGCGCACCCUCUCCCAUUCGCCCCCCCAUUGAGAAAGGGUAGUACAGGCUCCCGAAGUCUCAAGCAGAGAAAGAGCGAGCUGUGCCUUCCAGAUGAACUCUAGCGUAGCUAAGCUGUAAACGCCCGCUUGGUAUGCUGCGACAAGCGGCGAGCAGGCUCCCGGCCCAGGAGCAGCUUUUAGCUAGCCAAGAGCCAGAGAUAGUCAAAAUAAAGCAACGCGUCAGGUAAAGUGCCAGUUGUUUUGUUGUUCCUGGCCGUAUUCGUUGCUAAUUCUCUGCCCGUAGGCUAGUCAUCGAGUCCAGCAGAGCUCCCCGGGCCGAUGACCCAUCCAGCAGUGAUAAAAUGCUGUUGUUAUUUGAGGCGUCGCACUGCUCUGAGCGGCUCUCUUAUUAGGCUACUCAAAAUAACUACUAGGAUGCUGUCGACUAUCAGGAAUAGGAUCAUAGCUCAACAAAAGGCUUACCGGAAAUCGCCGACAAUUUGCCAACUAAGUUAACAGAGACGGUUACAGCUACACUAUGCCUUCCGUAUACCCCACAGCGCAUUCUACGUAUCUGUACCGACAGCCACAGUUGUCGUUUCUUCGUUCCGAUCACAGUGACAAGAACUGUGGUGGGUAUCGUAGGGAAAACCCCAGCGAACGAACGCUCUACCAAAAGCAGAAGCUAUUUAGUCUCGUCAAAAUAGGUUGUGCCGAAAGCGACAGGCAAACGCGACAGCAGCGACAACGACAACUGGUACAAGUGCAGCCCAAAAAACGGCCGUAAAAUAGUGUCACGCGUGUAUUCUUCUGCGUCAGAAUGACAAACCUAUCUAACAACUAUUUGUUGCAACAGAGUUCACAGGAAUACGCAGGUGUGUCUGUGUACAAGACGCCAAUAAUAUGAUUACCGCUAAUACAAUCAUAACAAGUGCCGCUCAUGUGAUCUUACAUUACUGAAUAUCCAUCACCACUGCUGCCUUAUCGCCAACUGAGUAAAGCGGGUGGCGCGCCCCAUUGGAAAAAAGGUUCACUUUGUACGGCGACAGUGUCGCUCUAAUGAUAACGCGCUGUAGGAUUUUGUAAUGUCCACACUUUUAUACGGAAUGACAACAACGCAACGAUCUGCCAUGCAAAGACGGUUACGGCUACUGACUGAGAUCAUUUUUGAUACUGACCAACCAGACCCGAACUAUAACCACAAUAAACCUUUUAUAGAAGUAGGAUGUUUUCUUCAUGUGGUCGAGUGCGCCGAAUAAAUGGUUUCAUUAAAUGCGUGAACGAAUAGACGUGUCGCUGUGUGUGACUGCUGAGUAGAGUACUUCCGCCGGUAACUUCCUUUGUGCCUAUAUACGCGUUGAAGCUACGUGUGGAUAAUGGCCAAAAACAAUAUGAUAGCACUGCACGAUGCAUAGCUUUCUGAUUUGAUAACUGUACGCAUGUAUAUUUAUAAUCAUCACAAAAUAACAAUACCAAAUUCAAUUAGGAUUAAGCAGCGAUGGAAUCUUCGAAUCAGAACAGAAUGUAGCUUAUUUCAACAAUGUGUUCAAUGCUUUAGAACCAAUUAAUCCCCGGGACAGACCUCGCGGUGUCAAAGAUGCUCAUGAAGCUAGCCGCGGACAGCAUUCUGCUAAGCAGGAUCAUUAUCAGUAAGAAACUUGAGGAACUCUGAUUUGCGGACGAAAAGGAUCCAACCCUGCUUGUGUUUGCCGAGAGAGAAUAUUUCUACGAUACAUUACAUUCAUUGUUUCAGCAUUAUAAAGCAUUUAGUAUAAAGAAACCAUAAUAGAAUUGGCGUCUCCGCACACAAAGGUGUGCGUGAUUCGGUGAGAUUGUCAAGCUGCGUGCUUUUACAGGAAGCAUCGCUGCUACCGCAGAACAGCAUGGUGACCACGAUAUUUUGGUGCUUUCGUAUCUGAAAAGAGGGAUAGUUACCAAAUAGAGGCCGAAGUUUGGAAAUUGCUUGGAGUUGAACACGAAGUCAAUUUAUGUGCAUACUAGACAAUAAAGAAGCAAAUACUUGUGGCACCCACCACGAAAACACAGUGAAGCGGACUAAAGCUUUUACGUAGUAGGCCAAUGAUAAGUAUUAUUUCUAACUAAUCGUACUGAGCGCAAGUGUAGCUCCUAGUCGGACGUUAGUUCAAGAAGGAUACAUUAAAUAUUGGUAUUGUAAUUAUUGUUUGGUUGUUAACGGAUAUUGUGUGCUAGUCUGGUUGCCUUUGUCGUUGUAUCUCGUUCUGUCACGCCAGCGUCUGCACGCUGUUCGUUGUUAAGAGUGUCGUCAAUUUCAACGCGAGAAUGACUAGCGUUCAACGGAACAUGAAGCACUUGGUGCUAUCGAUUCAAAUGCCGGCGGCAGCUGCGCGAACUGCGGCGCAUCAGGCGCGAAAACACGCCAGUGGGCUCGCGUCAUCAGGCCUAUGCUCGUGCUUCGGAAGGAACACAAAGGAGCCACCUGAAAUCACUUACCAGGUAGUCGAUGCAAAUGGCGGAUGUCCCGGUGUGGGCGCUGGAGGCGGCGGAACCCCCGGCCCGGGUGGUCUAGGGGUUGUCACUCUUCCGCCCUCAUCUCUGCUUGUUGGAGGUUUAGGCGGCUAUCAGCUGCCGCCAAUGCCGACCGAUGAAGCCGAACUUAAUGCCAAGUUCGCUGAAAUCGUUGACGAACUCGAUCUCACCGAAUCGAAAAAAGCGGUGAUGUUUAGCCUACCGGCCGAAAAAAAAUGGCAGUUGUAUAUUUCACGGAAAAUGGAGCAAAUGCAACAUGCUGUCGUCGGUCACCACCAGCCUGACCUUUAUCUGGAGAAAAUCGCCGCGUUUAUUAAGUUACCUUAUGCUGAGGAUGACGAAGAGGAAAUUCGGCAACGGGCCAAUUUAUUCGAGAGCUUGAAGACGGCACUUCGGACACAGACCAACUCCUUUGUAACUCGCUUCCUUGACGAACAGGGCCUGUUACGCUUACUCGAUUUCCUUUCUGCCAUGGAUCGGCAGACGUUUGAGAGUUCGGUGCAUACGUCCGCCAUAGGAUGCGUUAAGGCACUCAUGAACAAUUCGACGGGUCGUUCACAUGUACUGGCCCAUCCAACAGCAAUUAAUAUUAUCGCCCAGUCACUUGCCACCUGGAAUGUCAAGACCAAAAUUGCCGUUUUGGAAAUUCUCGGAGCGGUGUGCUUGGUGCCAGGUGGGCACAAAAAAGUUCUCGAAGCGAUGUGCCACCUCCAGAAGUUCGCUUGUGAACGAACCAGGUUUUUGACGAUAAUUAACGACCUGGAUCGCAGCAUUGGACCCUACCGGGAGGAUGUGAAUUUAAAAACAGCCAUUAUGUCAUUUAUCAACGCGGUGCUAAACUAUGGCCCCGGGUCGGAGCAUCUGGAGUUUCGUCUGCAUCUCCGCUUCGAGCUGCUGAUGUUGGGGAUUCAACCAACCAUCGACAAGCUGCGUAAAUAUGAAAACGCACUAUUAGACAGGCAUUUGGAUAUCUUCGAGAUGGUACGGAAUGAAGAUGAACGAGAACUUUCAAAACGUUACAAUUGCGACCAUGUCGACUCAACCAAACCUCAAGAGAUGCUGUCGUGUCUAGAGCAGAAGAUGGUCUUCUCACCCGCUUUACCUCAUUUUCUUAGUUUCAUGCAACACCUUCUCCUGAUGCCCUCGAAGGGAAAGUCGGUUGAGCACUGGAUUCUGUUUGACCGGCUGGUGCAGCAGAUCAUACUGCAGGACACAUGUGACGGCAUCGAUCAUGAUGUCGCGGUGAUACAGAUCAACGUUGGAGAGAUUAUUAAACAUUUGGCAAGCGAGAAAGAACUUCGAUUGGCCCAAGAAAAAGCGGAAAGGUUCGAGAAAGAAAAUAUUGAUUUAGCGACAUCUAUUGCCGGCAAGGAGCAGCAACUCGAGCAGACGACACAAGAGCGAGAUGAUAUUAAAGAUUCCCUGGAAAAAACCAAGGACAAACUUGAACGGGAGACUGUCUCUCACCUCAAUACGAAACAGCGCAUUCAAGAGCUCGAAUACAAUAUUCAACAACUCACAGUUGCGCUCCAGCAGAAGACAGUGGCAGCUGCGCAAGCGGCUGCGGCGGCUGCUGCGCAAGCCGUCGCUGCCGCCGCUGGCAACGAAAACGGCUCGUCCAUGCCACCACCUCCACCUCCCCCACCGCCUGGUGGAACGAUCGUAGUGCCUGGUGGUAUUCCGCCGCCGCCGCCACCCCCUAUGGGUGGGCUACCCGGAGCACCUCCGCCUCCACCCCCCCCGAUGGGAGGCCUUGGUGCUCCACCUCCUCCACCGAUCGGCCUGUUCGGUCUGCCUAAGAAAAUCGUCAAGAAUGUGCCUCAGCCGUCGAACCCGCUCAAAACGUUUAACUGGUCAAAGCUACCCGAGUCGCGUCUACAAGGUACCAUUUGGUCAGAAGUAAACGAGGAAAAACUUUACAAGGAAAUCGAUCUUGAUGAUGUCGACAAGACGUUCGCUGCCUUCAAGAAAAAUUUGAUUGCGUCGAACGAAGAUGUUACCGAUGUGCCCAUGAAGGGUGGGCUAACCAGCAACAAAGUCAAAGAGUUGUCUGUCAUUGACCCGCGUCGUGCUCAGAACUGCCAGAUUUUACUGACGAGGCUGAAAUUGUCCAACGAUGAGAUUGUCAGUUGUCUGUUGUCGAUGGAUUCGAAGGAACAACUUCAGAAGGACAUGAUCGAGCAAAUGCUCAAGUUUGUGCCUACCCUCGAAGAGCGUACUAGUUUAGAGGAACACAGUCACCAGUUGGAGUUGCUGGCCAAAGCUGAUCGUUUCUUAUACGAUGUUGGCAAGAUCGUUCAUUACGAACAACGCCUUAAGACGCUUUGCUACAAGAAGACCUUCAAAGAGAAGCUCAAUGAUAUUAAGCCGAAGAUCACUGCCGUAACAGAGGCGUCGAAGGAUCUUCAGCGUUCGCGAAGGCUACGACGUCUUUUAGAGCUGGUGCUUGCGUUUGGUAACUACAUGAAUCGUGGAGAUCGUGGUAACGCGUGCGGUUUCAAAAUUGCCUCCCUCAACAAGCUUGCGGACACAAAGUCGUCCUCAAAUCGAAAUUAUACAUUGCUUCACUACGUUAUAGAAACCUGCCAGCGACGAUUCCGGGAGGUGCUUAAGAUUGACGAGGAAAUCUCGAAGGUUCGGGCAGGCAGCAAAGUCAAUUUGUCCGAAUUGUCAAAGGAGAUGGCUGGACUCAAAUCGGGUCUAGCGGACGUACAGAAAGAAAUCGAUUUCCUCCGAGGUCAGGCCGAACAAAUUCUCGAUGAUAAAUUUGUACCGGUGAUGAGAAACUUUGUGGCAAAUGCUACCUACAAGUACCAAGAGCUUGAGGAGCUCUUCAUCGAGAUGAAGCUCAAAUACGAAGAAGUUGUGCGACUGUUUGGGGAGGACCCGAGCUCCGUGCAGCCCGACGAGUUCUUCUCAAUCUUUGAUGCAUUCCUGACUAGUUUCAACGACGCUAAGAACGAAAUUGAUUCUAUCCAGAAACGGCGCAAAGAAGAAAUGGAGAGACAAAAGGAACUUGAGACAAAGCGUAAAGAAAAGGCUAACAAGGAAAAAGAGCGUCAGUCUCCAGAUGGAUCGGGAUUUGCUGGACUACGCAAAGACUCCAAGAGUGGAAGCGCACCCAAUGGAAAUCAACAGCAGCAUGGAGAAUUCGAUGAUCUGAUCUCAGCUCUACGAACUGGUGACGUAUUUGGCGACGAGUUUUCAUCCAAAUACCGUCGCUGCAAGAAAAGAUCCACUUCGAUCGAGACCGAACGCGAGCGGGUGCGCUAACUUUAUUAGUAUCAUAGAGAAAAAUUACCCAUCCAUCUCGAGUCAUCGAUUUCAUCUGUUCGAACAAGCGGCAGCUGCUUAACAGCCACAUGAAUGGCCAUUGAUGAGGCAGACGUUUGUUGCUACCACAAUGCUUGACCUUCUAUUAUAACCAUAAUUUUUGUUUCUAUCAUAAAUUCUAUGUUAAAAAAGGAAAAGCUAGUGUGCCGGGUGCUGGGAUGGAUUCAUUAACUACCUAAUCGACGCGAAAGUGUAGGAAGCUGCAGGACAUCAGGCUGUUCAUCGAGUCCAAAGCACAAUUUUGUCUCGAAAUAAAAUUAUGAUCAAUACAUUAGGUAGCUAAAAAUGCUAACCAAAUAUACGUAGUACGAUAUAUCCCCUGUGAAUCCAGUAGAGGCAGGUAGACAGCUGUAUGCUAGACCCCGUCAUAAAUGGUUAUUCUCAUUUUUUUUUUUUUUUUUUUUUUGUCUACAUCACAACUACAUAAACAACAAACACGGUCAAACAACAACAAAACGAGGUAAAGUGACGCACUGAUACCAAGACAAAAUGAGAACAACUAGAAUAUGCCGAAAGGAAAAAAAAACACAAAUACACAUGAAUACAUUAUAAAAGAAUCAAGGAAACGUUACACUAAGAUAUUAUACAUUAUAUAUAUGGGGAACACGAACGCAAGUAUCAAAGCAGAACGGCUUUCUGUCGUUCAGUGAUAGCUAAGCCAUAUUAUAAUAAUUUCUAUUAUAAUUAAAAGCAAUUACGGCGUCGUAAGGCUCCUAUAUAAGCAUAGUAUUAAUAAUAUAAUUCAUUGUAAUAAUAUAUAUACGGAAACGCAAAGCCCGUUCUUUCUAGGGCGCCAGUCAGCCCCGACAAUAAUAUAUAGAAAAGAAAUAAUUAACAAGUAUAUUUAAAUCUAUUUGUCAACACAUAGAGCAGUAGGGGUUGUCUUGUAUUUAAAUGAUGUGACGAUAAGUUAUCUAAAGCAGAUCUAGAAAUCCUACUGCGGACUGUGAAAGACCAUUCGUUCGAAAUUGGCUGAACCGCCACUUCAGCCUGACGAAAUAAGCGAGACUUCCGCAAAUGAAACGCUAUUCUAUUGUACAUAUGUGAGCCAUAACUCACAUAUAUAUAUAUAUAUAUAUAUACAUAUAUAUGUGAGGAUGAAACCAAAAACUACUUGCUGUGUCUAAGAUAUAUGAGAACAAACCUACCACACAAAAAAUAGGACUGAAAUGUAUAAAGUUCAAGCUUCGAGGGGUACAGAUGGGUUCGUUUGCAGGACUGCUUCGUUCAGUGGCCGGUCAGUGCCAAUACACUACCGUCUCUGACGUGAAGAGAGAAAUUUUAAAAAAGAAGCCUCUAAACAUUCGACACCUGUUAUAUGCAGGGUCGCGUCACAUCCCCCGCUUUCUUCAUAUCUUCAGAACAAUCCCUUUCGAGCGGAUACUAGAAAAGCUAGUUGAAGCCAAGUGAUUAUCGGUAUGUGGGGAAGGUUAUGCUGGUCGGACGGAAAAGGUCGCUUAAAAUGAAUAAAAAUGGGUAGCCCAACAGAGAGUAAAAGGCAAUAUGGAAAUCGAACGAUGAUACCAAAAUAGCCAUGUUUACUUCAAAAACGUUACAACAAAAUAGGUAACAUAUGGCAGACGUUUUUAUUACUGAACAAUAAAUCUGACUGAAAUCUG